CCUUGACCCAAAUAUCUGUAAGCAAACAAAACAGAAAGCGGUAUUCAACGAGCAGCAAGCUAAAAAAUGAACUGGAAUUUUCUGAUCUGCCUCCUGCUCGGCCACUCCUUUGCUAUAGCGAUCGAGGCCAGCUGCCUGCGGGGCACAGGUCACAUGUGGCAGGAGAAGAAUGCCAGCGGCACAGGCGUUUGCCAUCGACUGUCAAUGCCGCCCAGAAAUGCAAUAGCGACAGCAUCAACAAAACCGAGCAACACGACUGCAGAAGACAUUGCAGCGGCUACAAUGAGAACAUCAGCUCCUGAGGUGGCCGAAACCAUAACUAUUGCUGCCCCUCCUGCGGUGGUUUUGGCCAACUACGUUUACGAGUGCGCCAGCCGCCGGACAGCCGGCAGUUGCAGCAAGCGGCCUGAGCCGGAAUCAAAGCCGGAAUUUGGAUCCGGGCCGGAGCCGGAGGUGCCUAAGCCCCAAACUGUGACACUGGCAGUGGGCCAAGCGGAUGGGUGAGAGCCGGUCAACUGGGUGAGAUGGCCUGCAUGCGAUUAGGCCAGCUGAUGGGCCGGGUGAUUUAAGCCCCACAUUCACAUUUGCAUAUAUUUCUUAAGGCAAUAAAGUUAGCCAAGCAAA